GAAAAAUUCCAAUGACAUUGACAUUUGACAUUGUCUUAGAAAUUUACAGUUUUGUGAAAAAUAUAAAGGUAUCAUAAACGUUAUUGUACGAAUGCAUAUAAUUUGCAAUGGCUAAUCAAGAGCCCACCGAUUUGGAUUGGGUGCAAUUGCGCCGUGAAAUGGGCACAAUACCACAAGUAGAAACAACACAAGAAAAAUUUGUGAGAAAGUUUCAGGAAAAUCCAUUUGUACCUUUAGGUUGUGCAGCAACGGCAGGUGCCUUGACUUAUGGCUUAUGGUGUUUUAGAAAUGGAAAAACACACAUGUCUCAAACUAUGAUGAGGAUGAGAAUUUUGGCCCAAGGAUUUACCAUUACAGCUCUUGUUGUUGGAGUUGUAAUGACAACUGGAAAAACAUUAAAAUAAUUGUACAAACAAUCAAAAUAUUUUAACUGUUCUUAUAAAAUUAAAAUGCUGUUGUAGUAGACAUUGAAUAGGUUAUAUUAUUUUUAAUAAAAUAUAGGAUAUAAAAAGAUAAAUGCA